AUGAACGCUUUAGCUUUUGCAUCGGUUGGCGGGCGUUUCAACUUGGCUGUCAAAAAAUUCAGAUUGGAUUUAUGGGCAAAAGAAACACUUGGCAUCGAAUUUCUAAGAAUUCCGCCGUACCAUUGCUUCCUCAAUGGUAUAGAGCUCCUUUGGGCGCGAAUGAAAAAUGAUGUAACCUCUGAUGCUUGCGAUUUUUGAAAUGUUUCCAAAUUGCCGAUGAUGUAAGUCAAGUUCAUAUAUCACUGAAAAAUUUAUAUAUAUUUUCAUAUUUUUAGGUAUUUUCCGAGACUGAAUGACACUAAGAGUUUAACUAUUUCUUGAAAAUGUUACUCCUGAACUUACCCCAUGCGCACCAGCCUUCGAUUUCUCGGUCAGUUUCGAAAUGCAUAUUUCGACAUUUUUUGUUAUUUUUGGAAUUUCAAGAGAAAAAAUUGCCGAAAAAGAAGCGAGGGACAUUGCCAUUGCUCAACAAAGUUAUCAAAUUUCUAGCGAUGAAGAAGACGAAGAUGAAGAUGAAAAUGAUAAUACUUGA